AUUUUACUUGGAAAUUAAGUAUUCUCAACCUUCUUUAGUUUUAUUUUAAAUUUUCUAAGACCUAUAAGUCGAAGUACGAGUUAUCCGGUUGGUGUGAAGAGCCAAUAAACAUACCUACGUGAGAGUAACAACUAACAACUCCGACAUGGCGGCGACGACCACCGGUGCAAGUGACACGUCAUCGAUGGAGCUGCCAUCGCCGGCGUGCACGGAGCCACCGAAGCGGCCGCGCGUUGUGCUGUUCGUGAGCCCCGGCGCGGGCCACCUCAUCCCGCUGGUCGAGCUCGCGCGUCGGCUCGCCACUGACCACGGCUUCGCGGUCACGCUCGUCACGCAAUCCGGCCUCUCAGAUCCGGCCACCGACGCCGCGGUGCUGUCCUCGCUGCCGGCCUCCGUCUUGACCGCAGUGCUCCCGGCAGUCGCCCUAGACGACCUCCCCGCAGAUAUCGGCUUCGGCACCGUCAUGUUCGAGCUCGUCCGCCGCUCGCUCCCGCACCUCCGCGCGCUCAUGGUGGACUCCGUCGGCCCUACGGCGGCUCUAGCGACCGACUUCUUCGGCACCGAGGCGCUGCCGCUCGCCGCCGAGCUCGGCGUGCCUGGGUACGUCUUUUUCCCCAACAGCUUCGCCCUGAUCUCCGUCAUGCGCCACCUCGUGGAGGUCCACGGCGACGACGCUCCCGGCGAGUACCGUGACCUCCCGGACCCGCUCCCGCUCCCGGGCGGCCCGCUGCUGCGCCAAGCGGACCUCCCCGACGGAUUCCGGGACCGGACGGACCCGGUCUACGCCUACCUCGUCGAGGAGGCACGGAGGUACGUCCGCGCCGACGGCUUCUUGGUGAACAGCUUCGAGGAGUUGGAGACCGCCAUGGCGGAAUCGUUCAGGCGGGACGCGGAGGAUUGUGCGUUUCCGCCGGUGUAUCCGGUGGGGCCGUUUGUCCGUUCAAGCUCCGGCGAUGAAGCCACCAAAGAGUCAGCGUGCCUGGAGUGGCUGGAUCGCCAGCCAGCGGACUCGGUGGUGUACGUGUCCUUCGGCACCGGCGGAGCGCUGUCCGUGGAACAGACGACCGAGCUCGCCGCAGGGCUGGAGGCGAGCGGCCACAGGUUUCUUUGGGUCGUGCGCAUGCCAAACCUCGACGGCAACCCCUGCGCCUUGGGGACGAUCCGCGGCGACGAGGACGAUCCACUGGCGUGGCUUCCCGAGGGGUUCUUGGAGAGGAUGAGGGGCCGGGGCUUCGCCGUCGCGGCGUGGGUGCCGCAGGUGCGCGUGCUGUCUCACCCGGCGACGGCGGCCUUCGUGUCGCACUGUGGGUGGAACUCGACGCUGGAGAGUGUGGCGGCCGGCGUGCCGAUGGUCGCGUGGCCCCUGUACGCGGAGCAGAAGAUGAACGCGGCCAUCCUGACCGAGGUAACCGGCGUGGCGCUGCGGCCGGCGGCACGCGGCGACGGCAUCGUGGCGCGCGGGGAGGUCGCGGAGGCGGUGAGGGAGCUCAUGGAGGGGGAGAAGGGAAGCGCCAUGCGCCGCCGGGCGAGAGAGCUACAGGAGGCGGCGGAUCGGGCUUGGUCGCCGGAGGGGUCGUCGCGGCGGGCGCUGGGGGAAGUCGCCGCCAAGUGGAAGGCAGCACUUCUCAACGGGAAUGGACCGAGUACAUGAUUAUUCUUCUUAUUCCUACUUGAUUAAUUGUUUGUUUGGAUUGGACAUGAAGUGAUUACGUAUAAUCCUUUCCAAUUGGGAGGCGAAAUGAAUUAAUUUUGUUGUCAAUUGAAUGGAUUAUGUCAAAUCUCUUGUUAAACAAGCGCCAAGGGCAAUAUUUCUGUGUUCUUUUUCAAAAUGUCCGGCAUAUUUUCAUGUUUCUUAAUAUGUAGCAUUUAAUAGAUGUUGUAAUUUGGGUGCACUGGAUUAAUUUGCACAUAUAUGCAUUUUUCAAUGAGAAUUCCUUUUGCUUA